AUGAUUAGUAAGACUGAUGUUGGUCGUAUCAUUGGCAAUAGCUGGGAUUUCUUUCACCAACCUGCAGUUGGAACUGUAGGAGGUAUUAUGAUUAUGUGGGAUGGCAAUUUGACUAGCUUUACUGUGAUUGAACAUACCUCACAGGUUGUCUUCGGCGCUUUGACUACACCAAACAAAGGCCUAUGGCAUGUUGCCAUGGUGUAUGGUCAUAAGGACUUCCAAGUCAGACGUGAUCUUUGGAAUUGUCUUGACAAGGUUAUGAUGUCUGAUGUACCCACGAUUGUGGGAGGAGACUUCAACUGCCUCCUUUCUACUGAAGAUAAAAGAGGUGGCAAACGAUUUAAAAUGACUAAAGGAACUGAAGAAAUGAAAUCUUUUAUGCUAAAAGAUGAACUGCAGAAUGAUAUUAUCAAAUUGAAACUGCAAGAAGAUGAGGCGGGUGGUCUCAGUCCUGAAGAUCUUGACACGCUAUGCAGUAAUGUUAAAGAGUAUAACGUCACUCUAGUUAGACUCUCUACAUGGUGGAAUCAGCGCGCCAAAGCCAAAUGGAACGAAGAUGGCGAUACUAACUCUAGAUUUUAUCAUACCUAUUCGACGGCUAGGAAGAAUGACAAAUGGAAGCCAAGAAGCUGCAAUAUCCAGAACUGGCCUGAAAUUGAACACAACCAGAAACUUGAUACUGCAGAUAUCGAUUGCCUUAAUUCAGGAUUUUCAGAAACUGAGUUCUUUAAUGUCGUCUCCCAGCUAGGCUCAAACAAAUCUCCGGGAUUAGAUGGCUCAACUUCUUCGUUCUUCAAAUUCUAUUGGGACAUUAUUAAAGAUACUACUUGGAGAGCUAUCAAUCAUUUUUUCACCACUGGACGCAUGAACGGAGCUUGGAAAGACACCUUGAUCGUUCUUAUUCCCAAGAUCAAUAAUCUGGUAACUCCCUCCAAUUUUCUUCCUAUAUGUCUUUGUCAAACUAUCUACAAAAUUGCUACUUCUAUAAUAGUUAAUAUACUCAAAAUCUUCAUUCCUAAACUCAUCACCGAGGAGCAAGUUACAUAUGUUCCGGGUAGAUCUAUGUCAGAUCACUGCCUCUUGGCUCUUGAAAUUUGUAAUAAAUUCAGGAUCUCUAAAAAUAAGAAAGGCUUAAUGGCGAUCAAGCUUGACAUGGCCCAAGCUUUUGACAGUAUGUGUUGGAAGACAUUGGAGAAUGUCCUUCACUGGUUUGGAUUCCCGGGAAGUUUUUCCAACCUUAUUCUAGAAUGUGUCACAGGAGUUCGGUUCUCUAUUCUCCUGAAUGGUAAAGGAACAAGAUGGAUUGAAGCCAAGAGUGGCUUUAGACAAGGUUACCCCAUGUCACCUUACCUUUUUAUUAUGUUCUCUCAGCUUCUGUCUAGCUUAAUUCAGCAAAGAGGUCUUCAAAUUUGCAUCCAAACGUCGAAUAGAGCUCCUAGAAUCACUCAUUUGCUUUAUGCUAAUGAUGUUCUGUUGUUUGGCAAAGCCUCCGACUCUCAGCUUCGUGUAAUGAUGAAUUUAAUCAAAGAAUAUUGUGGAUGGACUGGGAAAGGUGUAAACCAAAGCAAAUCACAGAUUAUCUUUGGGAGUUCUACUAACCAAUCUCUGAAACGUAAGAUUGGUAAAAAAACUGGAUUUAAGAUUGUCAAGGAAUUUCACUAUUUUGGCAUUAAAAUUGCUUUGAGAAGGCUGGCAAAGAAUUACUAUCAAUUUGUCAUUAAUCAUGCUUUAAAUAAACUCAACUCUUGGGGAGCUCGGUUCCUCUCUAUGGCUGGUAGACUAAUUCUAGCAAAAUCAUCCCUGCUUUCGCUUCCAACCUUUGUCUCUACUCACUCUUUAAUCACAAAGAAAAUUCUUUAUGAUUUGGACCGCAUCUGCCGCGACUUCAUUUGGCAUCAGAACAAAGAUAACAAGGGACUACGUUACAUCGCUUUGGAUGACCUGUGCACACCGAGAAACCGUGGAGGUCUGGGUAUGCAUUCCUCAGUUAAAAGAGUUGGGCUUUUACGUGCCCGCUUAGCCUGGAGAUUUUAUCAAAAUCCUUCCUCUCUUUUGUUCAAAUGCUUGACUGCUAAACAAGCUUCGAAUAUUUGGAAUGGUAAGUCAAAACAGGGACAAUCCGCUGCCAGAUCCAUAAUCUCCAAUGGAGUUUCAUUCCUCAAGCCUAUCAUCAGAUGGAAAAUUUCCAAUGGUGCUAACAUUAACAUGAUGGAUGAUAUUUGGCUUUUUGAUAAAAAUUUUAAUAAAUGGCCAAUGCUAGCUGAUUGUAUUGGUUUGGAAAAUCUUACAUUACAGAAUUUUCUCACGGACGGUCACUGGAAUUAUAUUGAACUCAACCGUUACUUCAAUCCAUAUUUAGUUAACCUCAUUGUUACACAUUGUAUCAUUCAAAAUGAUGACAAUGGCAGUAUGGAGCUUCUUUACCAACAUUCAGGUAAAUCAAUCACUUCGUUGGCUUAUGCUGAAGUGAUUAAAUUUCAGAAUACCUUUGAAGAUCAUGGCUUUGCUAUAUGGCUACGUAAGUUGAAGCUUAAGCCAAGGGUUGAACUUUUUUUGUGGCGUUUGAGCAGAUUUUCCAUUCCAACGAAUGAGUUUUUGAAAUACAGAAGGCUAACUACUAAUGAUCUUUGUGCUUAUGGUUGUCUGGAUAUUGAAACCAGCGAACAUAUCUUAAUUCAUUGUAAGUCUCUAACUGAGAUUCUGAAUAAAUUGAUAGCUUGGGGAUUCUACAUUCCAUUAUUUAUCUCUCUUGAAGAUUGCUUCCAACAACUUAAAAUACUUUCCUGUAAAAGAUCUGAUACUGUUAGGCUUUACGGCACGGCAGUUUAUUAUUCCUGGAACCGCAGAAAUGACAAAAAGCAUUGCAAUCCAGUUUCCCCUGUUUCUGUGAUUGCUGCAAAUAAUACCGCUGCUGGUCAAGACACCGAGAAGCUCUACUUCUUACACGACUUCAAUAAGUACCUCCUCGACGUGAAAUCCAAGGUCGAUGCUCUCGCCACUGCAGGUGCUCCCGUUGAAGUUGAAAAUGUUAUCCAUUACACUCUCAACGGCUUACCCAACACUUACCAAGCAUUGAAGACUGCCAUUCGCACCAACCUCCGCUCCGUUAGCCUCGACGAAAUCUACGCUCUCCUAUGCAGCAAGGAGCUUAACCUCCUCCAUGAAACAACAAAAGAACUUCACUCCCUAAGCAUCACCAGCAAUCAAACUGCUCUCACAUCCAACCGUGGAUGA